AUGGCACCAACCAUCCCAGUGCCCACACAGGGCGGCAUGUUCCACACCUUCCAAGGCGUCACACCACGCAAAGCAUCAACAGAUUCCCAAGACAGCACCAAGACCAGCGGAUCGGGGACCGCUAAGAGGAUAACCACACCACACGCCUGUGCCGAGUGCAAGAGACGCAAGAUUAGGGCACCCAAGAUGUGCUUUUAUGACAAGCACCGGCAGCGGGUGAUUCCCUCACGCAAGACCCUCGAAGCCCUCUCACAGUCACUCGAAGAAUGCCGCUCCAUCCUGAAGCGGUUGUAUCCCAACCAGGAGGUCCAGGCUUUGCUGCCCCUAUCACGACAGGAGCUGCUUAACCUCCUGGACCGGCCCGUAAUAGACACCUCGGUCGGCGGUCUCCCAUCACCGCCCAUCAACACCUCGCCCAUCUCGGACAUCGGCUCGCCAAUGAUGACCAAGUCGGAAAACAUCCUGGAGCAGCUUCCGUCGAGAGACACCGAAUGGGACGAGGAACGGAGGGGGAGAGACCCAAUCCCCGCCGAGGCUGACGACAUCAACGCUCUCUCGCUCUCCGUGGACCGGCAAGCAUCCUACCUCGGCGCCUCCUCCAUCAAGGCUGCCUUGAUGGUCAUGCUCAAGGUGCAGCCCAGCUUGAGGAACACCCUCGCCGCGCCUCUGAGCGGCGUCGAGAUGUCACACAACUUCCCCGCCGUGAGGCAAAAGUCUUCGGCCGCGCCAAAAGACCCUCAGCGGAUUCCGUGGUCCUGGAAGGGCCAAACCUUGAUCGACGCCUACUUCAAGCGCAUCCACGUCUUCGUCCCCAUGCUUGACGAAAGCGCCUUCCGGGCCGACUAUCUUGAAGGACAGCGAACCGACGCUCCCUGGCUGGCACUACUCAACAUGGUGUUUGCCAUGGGAAGCAUCGCUGCCAUGAAAUCCGAUGACUACAACCACAUCAACUACUACAACCGCGCCAUGGAGCACUUGCCCAUGGACGCCUUUGGCAGCAGCCACAUCGAGAUGGUUCAAGCCCUCGCCCUCAUCGGCGGCUACUACCUACACUACAUUAACCGCCCUAACAUGGCUAACGCCGUCCUCGGCGCCGCCAUUCGCAUGGCCAGCGCUCUCGGCCUGCACCGCGAGUCUCUCGCCCAGUCCAGCAGCGACAUCAUCGCGGCCGAGACUCGCCGGCGCACUUGGUGGUCUCUCUUCUGCCUCGACACGUGGGCGACCACUACCAUGGGUCGCCCCUCCUUCGGCCGCUGGGGACCGGCCAUCAACAUCCGGCCGCCCGAGUUUGGCAUCAACGCCAACCGUGACUCGUCGCAGCACGCCGGCAUCCUACCGCUGAUCGAGAACAUCAAGUUCUGCAAGAUCGCGACCCAGAUUCAAGAUAUGCUCGCCAUCACACCGCUCCUCAACACCGAAGACCGCUGCAACCUCGACUCGCAGCUCGUCGCCUGGUACACGUCACUGCCCUGGCUGCUGCGCACCACAGACCCCUGCGCGGAGCCGCUCUACAUGGCCCGCUGCAUCAUGAAGUGGCGCUACCAGAACCUACGCAUGCUGCUGCACCGACCGGUGCUGCUCUCGCUCGCCUCGUCGGGCUUGAACCCGCACACACAGGCUUGCGACGCCGACCUGGCCGCCAUCGAGACGUGCCGCGACCUCGCCGCGCAGACUAUCGAUGAUAUCGCGCGCGAGUGGGCGCGGAACCAGAUGAGCGGCUGGAACGCGGUCUGGUUUCUGUACCAAGCCGCCAUGGUGCCGCUCGUCAGCGUCUUCUGGCAGUGGGGGUCGCCGCGCGUGCCCGAGUGGCUCAAGCAGAUCGAGGCCGUCCUGGACCUGCUCGAGGUCAUGGAGGAGUGGUCGCUAGCCGCUCGCCGAUCGCGCGAGGUCGUCUGGCGUAUGUACGAGGCUGCCCGCCAGCUCGUCGCCCAGCAGCGCGCCAGCGCCAGCCCUUCCAUCCAGGUGCUCACGGGCGGCGGCGCCGCUGGCGCUGAAGGUAUGCUGAUGGCCAGCCCGGGCUCCGCCGAAGCUGCCGGUAUGCACAUGAGCCCCAUCGGCCUCGAGCCCGUCGAUGGCCUUGGCCUCAUGGGCCUCCUCGAUCAGGGCGGCCUGUGGGGAGACCUCGACGGCAUGUACUGGGGCAGCCAGCACAGCCAUUCCGGGAGCAUGAGCCUGGGUAGCCCCGUCGACGAGUCGGCCAUGGCCGCCGCCGCCGCUCACGAGUUUGCCGCUGCCGCGGCUUACCACCCGGGUGCGCCUACUACUGCCGGCCCGCACGAGGGCAUGGUGCACGCCGUUGACUACGGCGGCCUCAUGGGCCAUCACGCACACCCCCAUCACGGAGGCCACCACCAUCACCAGGCGGCCGCAAUGGAGUUUGGAUACGUCCAAUAA